CAAAGAGGCUGCUAGGCUCGCGAGAGACAUGCCAGGGCCACAAAAAUGCGAGUCGCCCUGGCUCUUGAUUGCUGGGAAUACAACGCCCUCGGUAACUCGUCCGAGAGGCGAUGUAACUGAGGAGCCCGCCAUGCUGAUCAUCAGACGCGCCCCCAUGGGGAUUGCGAAUUACGCCCCAUUUCAAAAUGUUGUGUGAUGCGGCUAUAAUACAUGAUGCCUCGCCGUUUCUCAAAAUGGCGACCAUCCGGUCCUACCGGUCCUACCGGUACCAGUUGACACGCCAGCAUUCGCCCUGAUCGCCGAGUGUCGUGCAAGAUGCGGCCGCUUCUCCUCUUCACCACCCUCUUGGGUUGGGUAUCCAGCGUGGUCUCUACUGACAAUGGCCUUACCGACCUCGUGUCUUGGGACAAGUACAGCCUGUCGGUCAAUGGAACCCGCGUCUUCAUCAAUUCGGCCGAGUUCCAUUACCAGCGGCUGCCCGUCCCCGAGAUGUGGCUGGACAUAUUCCAUAAAUUGAAGGCAAACGGCUUCAACACCGUCAGCAUCUACUUUUUCUGGUCCUACCACUCUGCCUCUAAGGGUGUCUUCGACUUUGAGAGCCCGGGAAAGGAUGUCCAGCGGCUAUUUGACUACGCCAAGGAAGCAGGGCUAUGGGUUGUCGCGCGCGCCGGUCCUUAUUGCAACGCAGAGCACAACGGAGGCGGCCUCGCCCUGUGGGGCUCUGACGGCAGUCUGGGCAACCUAAGGACCAGCGACGAGACCUACCACCAGGCCUGGAUUCCUUGGGUGCAGAAGAUUGGGUCGAUAAUCGCAGCCAACCAGAUAACCAACGGGGGCCCUGUGAUCCUCAACCAGGUUGAGAACGAGCUCACCGAGUCUGUCCACUCGGCGGACCACACCCUGGUCAAGUACAUGGAGCAGCUCAAGACGGCUUACCGCGACGCCGGCAUUGUUGUGCCUUUCACACACAACGAGAAGGGCAUGAGGGGCCAGUCGUGGAGCACAGAUUAUCAGGAUGUCGGAGGGUCUGUCAAUGUCUACGGCUUGGAUUCGUAUCCAGGCGGUCAAUCUUGCACGAACCCUACCAGCGGCUUCAAUGUUGUACGGACAUACUACCAAUGGUUCCAGAAUUACAGCUUCACUCAGCCCGAGUACAUGCCGGAAUUCCAAGGAGGAUGGUUCAGUGCUUGGGGAAGCGGCUCUUUCUACGACACGUGCGAGUCUGAGCAUAACCCGGCCUUCCCAGAUGUCUACUACAAAAACAACAUUGGCCAAAGAGUCACUCUGCAAAACUUCUACAUGACCUACGGCGGCACCAACUGGGGUCAUUCGGCCGCACCCGUUGUGUAUACCAGCUACGAUUACAGCGCCCCGAUCCGUGAGACUCGUCAGCAAUGGGACAAGCUAUUCCAGACGAAGCUGGUCAACCUCUUUUCGAGCUCGUCUCCGGAUCUUCUCGAAACAGAAAUGGCGGGGAAUGGAACCGGGUACAAGGUCUCAUCAACCGACAUUUUUACCUGGGUCUUAAAAAACCCAGACUCCGGUGUAACUUUCACCGUUACCCAGCAGAGCAGCACGAAGUCUACUGCGAAUGUGACGUUCUCCGUUACAUUAGAUACGAGCUCAGGAGCAGUCACAGUACCAGACGUCUCGUUACUUGGCAGGCAGAGCCGAAUCCUUGUCACCGACUAUGCAUUCGGCGACCACACCCUGCUCUACUCCUCGGCUGAUGUUGCAACCUGGGCGACCUUUGACGACGCAUCUGCCAUAGUGCUCUACCUGAAGGAAGGGCAGACCGGCCAAUUUGCCUUCAAGGGCGAGCCUGGUCUCCAAUACGACGUGCACGGAAGCUCGUCCCUCAGCUCCUCGAACACAUCCGCUGGCCAGGCAUUUACAUACGUCCAAGGGUCAGGGCCAACGUUUGUCAAGUUCUCGAACGGCGUGCUGGUUUACCUCCUUGACCAGCCAACAGCGUGGACAUUCUGGGCACCAUCAACUGUGGCCGAGUUCUACCGAUCCCCUGAGAACAAGAUCUUUGUUUUGGGGCCAUACCUCGUCAGAAGUGCAUCAUUGAGCGAUGGCGCCCUUCACAUCUCUGGCGACAAUGACAAAGCUGGUCCAAUCGAGGUGUUUGUUGGUGAGACACCCAUCACAACCAUUGUCUGGAACGGCGAGGAGCUCAGCGCGAGCGAGACGGCUUACGGCACCUACACCGCGGACAUUCCAGGUACGGAAGAACGCGCAGUCUCGCUGCCUUCGCUGGACUCGUGGACAUCGGCAGACUCUCUUCCGGAAGUGCAACCCGACUUCGACGAUUCCGCCUGGGUCGUCUGUAACAAGACCUCGACCCUGUCCCCAGUGAAGCCGUACACUCUUCCCGUGCUCUUCUCUUCUGACUAUGGGUACUACACUGGCGCGAAGCUUUACCGUGGCUACUUCUCAGGGUCCAACUUCACAUCUGUUAAUAUCAGCGCAAGCGGUGGCCUAGCCUUUGGCUGGAAUGCCUGGCUGAACGGCGUCCUUAUCGGCGGUGACCCUGGCAAUGCCUCGCUCACGACCACGACGCAGGUCCUGGACCUGCCACAGUCUGCGCUCCAGAAGAGCAACGGGACCAAUGUCUUGACGGUUGUCGUAGACUACCACGGGCACGACCAGACCUCGACGGCCAAGGGUGUCGAGAACCCCCGUGGUAUCCUCGGCGCCCAGCUGCUGCCGGGCACUUCGACGACAGACACGGGAUUCACAACCUGGAAGAUCCAAGGCAACGCCGGCGGCAGCGCAAACAUUGACGCCGUCCGCGGCCCGAUGAACGAGGGCGGCCUGUACGGGGAGCGUCUGGGCUGGCAUCUGCCAGGCUUCUCGCCCGCGUCGUCAUACCCGUCAUCCCUCGGCGCCUGGGACGAUUCGACGCCGUUCGACGGGCUGAGCACCUCGGGCAUCCGCUUCUAUGUCUCCAACUUCAUGCUGGACAUCGACGACGACCUGGACGCGCCCCUGGGGCUGUCGUUCUCGUCGCCGGCGGGGACUGUCGCCCGGAUUAUGUUCUGGAUCAACGGCUACCAGUACGGCAAGUACGAGCCCCAUAUUGGCCCGCAGACCGUGUUUCCCGUGCCGCCUGGGAUCAUCAAUAACCAGGGUGCAAACUCCAUUGCGGUUAGCAUCUGGGCACAGACGGACGACGGGGCCCGCCUUGAUGAGGUCAAGCUCGUCAACUAUGGGCUGUACCAGACUGAUUAUGGAUUCUCGAAGGACUGGAGUGCUUUGCAGCCUGGGUGGACGGAUAGGAGUGAAUAUGUUUGAAGGGGUUGAGGCGUCAGGUGUUGUACAUAUAAUAGGCUGCGUGUUAAGAACGUACUCAAUAUACACAAUACAGGCUA